AAACUGCGACGGGCUUACUUACGAUACUAGUUGGUGUAUAUUGGGCCUGGGAUCUCUCCCUCGCUCUCUCCCUGUUUCCCUCGCAUGACCAAUUUUGCAACAUGAAAUCAAAAAUUCAGGGUGAAGCAGAACAAAAAAGAAAACACAAUGGAGUCGUUGCUUCGAGUUGAUCGGACCGGCUUAGAAACCCUAAUCCCGGCAGCGAUGUGCAGCCGCAGAGUUUGGACACACUCCACUCCCUCAGCGACCGUGAAUGAAUUGGAUCUGGUGAGAGGUGUCUUACAAGCUAUGCAAGGUCUGUCUACUCCCUUCAUCUUCUGGGACCAAACUGGACAGACUUUCCUCCUUAAAACCACCGAGGAGAUGAUUCGCGUCUCUCAUUUGUCUCGCGCAAGCCUCCAUGCCCUCCUCGCUCCUUUUCUGUAUGCCGCAACAUGUUUGAAGCUUGUGGAGUCUAUCGUCGCUGCAAUUAACUCUAACUCUCCUCCUCCUCCUCCUACCUUAAUGGCGUUUUCUAACUCUGUCUCUGCUUGGCUUCAGAGACUCAGAGAUAUUGCCUUAAACGAGGAAGUGAAGAUCAACACUUGUGAUGUUGCCCUCACUCCAACUCUCUUGGGGCUAACAAGCUCUUUAUCUAGUUUUUGUUCAGGUGCUGAGUACCUUUUACAAGUCGUACGAGGUGCAAUCCCUCGAGCUUAUUUUGAGUCUAGUUCAGCUAUUUCCGCAGCUGAAGUUGCUGUCCACCUUCUUGAUUACCUUUACAAGAAGUUGGAUCAAGUGUGCCUUGUACAAGGUGGUGAGGUGGAAGGCUUUCACAUGCUGCUACAAAUCUUUUCUGCAAGUUUACUGCCAUAUAUAGAGGGUUUGGACUCAUGGUUGUUUGAAGGAACUCUUGAUGAUCCUUUUGGAGAGUUGUUUUUUACAGCCAACGAAUCGGUCUCUGUUCACGAUGCGGAGUUUUGGGAGAAAAGCUAUAUGUUGAUGGGGGUGCCGAGCCCCAAAUCAAGUGUAACUUCGCUAAACGAAAAGACAGGACUGAGUGGAAAUGAUCCCAGUUCAGUUUCCGACAGAGAAAAAGAGCAGAAGAAUCGGGUGCUAUGCCCACUAUUCAUAAAAGACAUUUGCAAGUCCAUUGUUUCUGCUGGAAAGUCACUGCAGCUGAUGCAGCAUUUUCCUUCCACGUCUUCGGAAACUUCUGGGCGAAAUGCUUUUGGGAAUUCUGGCUGUGGUACACUAGUGGCUAAAAAGAGCAACACACUUAGGAGCACUGCAGGCUUAUCCUUGUCUGAAAUCUUUUGUCUAACACUUGCUAGCCUUAUAGGCCAUGGUGAUCAGGUCUCUAGAUAUCUCUGGAAAGAUGAGGCUGAUGAGUGUGAGAUUUCUCCAGCUUUGUCAUCAUAUAUAAGUGGAGAGCUGGAGAAUGGCAUGGUUGAUAAAGAUCUUCCAGUUUUCACAUGCUCAGAGCGAAUUUGGUAUAAGUUUUUGGUCGGUGAUGAGCAAGAGAGAAGAACUAUGGAGGCCAAAUUUGAACACGAGAGUGCAUGUUAUGUUACUGGUGUUAAGGACGAAAAAGACGGUUUCGCUGUUAAAAAGGCGUUGCAGGGUUUGUUCUGUCAUGAAAACCCUGUUGUUUCGGUAUCUAAAAUGGAUCUCGAGAGGAAUACAAAUGCUUGGAGUGUCCUGAACUUAUCACACAACUAUUGUCUACCCUCUCUGAAUGAUGAGAGUUUGCUGAGUGCUGUCUUCGAGGGGUCUGGCGUGGCGGAUGCUGGAUUGAUCGGCACAAACUACAAAUUUGGUAGAUUUGAGUAUCUUUCUUCUCAGGAUGACACCGAAAUUCUAGAAACGUUGUUUCCCUUCCCCACUUUGCUUCCGUCAUUCCAGCCGAAACUCCAUAUGUCAGAAUUGCUACCUUACCAAAAGAAUAGUACACUUCUUUCAAGAGUGCUCAGCUGGAUGCUAAAGGCAGAGCCAAUGGAUACUUCACUUCCCGUUGUAAUAAUGCAAGAAUGCUUUACAAUCUACAUAAGGAGGCAGGUGGACUACAUUGGCAAAUUGAUUUUGUCAAAACUAAUGAAUGAGUGGAAACUGAUGCAUGAACUUGCAGUGUUGCGUGCCGUUUACUUGUUAGGUUCAGGCGACCUUCUGCAGCAUUUUCUGACAGUCAUAUUCGAUAGGCUGGGCAAGGGAGAGUUAUCAGAUGAUGAUUUUGAGCUGAACAUAAUCCUUCAGGAAUCAAUUAGGAAUUCAGCUGACGCCAUGCUGUUAAACAGUCCUGAUUCAUUAGUGGUGUCUAUUUCUAGAGAAGGCUGUUUAGACAAAGACACAGAUGGAAAGGGUGACGUUUUACCCCUCUCCUCAACUCGCAAAAGCCGCGGUAACAACUUUGGGAUAGACUGCCUCGAGUCUCUCAGAUUCACAUACAAGGUGCCAUGGCCGCUUGAGCUUAUUGCCAAUGGUGAGGCCAUUGAGAAAUAUAACCAGGUGAUGGGAUUUUUGUUGAAGGUCAAACGAGCAAAAUAUGUGCUUGAUAAAGCACGGAGGUGGAUGUGGAAGGGUAAAGGCUCUUCAACAAAGAUCCGCAAGCACCACUGGUUACUGGAACAAAAGCUCCUACAUUUCGUGGAUGCUUUUCAUCAAUACGUAAUGGAUAGGGUAUAUCACACGGCAUGGCGUGAACUUUGCGAAUCUAUGGUAAAAGCAGGAUCUCUGGACGAGGUCAUAUAUGUACACGAGACCUACUUGUUAUCGAUCCAGAGGCAAUGCUUUCUGGUUCAAGAAAAGUUGUGGGCAAUCAUCGCAAGUAGGAUCAACAUGAUUCUAGGACUAGCUCUAGAAUUCUACUCAAUACAACAGACACUGAGCAGCGGAGGAGCAGCUUCGGCGAGCAAAGCUAGAUGCGAAAUGGAAAUAGACCGCAUUGAGAAACAAUUUGGAGACUGCAUUGCUUUCCUCCUUAGAGUGUUGUCUUCGAAGCUGAAUGUGGGACACUUUCCUCAUUUGGCUGAUUUGGUGACCAGAAUCAAUUACAAUUACCACUACAUGCCGGACACUGGAAGCGUGAAGACUACUUCUGGAGCAGAGACCAUGUCUUCCAGAACAUGAAGUGCCAAAUCUGAUGUCUGAAUGAACCAUUCUGAGACGGGGGAAUGGUUAUCAAAUCUUUGGAUCUCACGAGAGCCAUUAUCAGAGUUUCUAGAACUCCUUCAUAGCAGUAACUCUCCGAGGCUGGUCACUGUUUUAAUUAGACACUAGAUUUUGACCCGCGCUUUUGAAGCGCGGAAUAUUUUACGAUGAAAAAUUUUACUAAUAAUUUAACAAAUAUUUUGGUAAUUUUUAAAGAGUGUGUAUUUAAAAUAUUUUUGUAUUUAAAUCAGUAUUUUUAAAUCAACCCGAUUGUGAUUAUACCGGUUAAUCCGGAGA